AAAUCUGAUUUUUUUUCUCACUCAGAAAGUCGAUUGCUGCCUCCCCUCACACACACUUUUCAUCGGUUUGGAGGCUCGAAGAGUGGUUCAGCUUCAAUAAGGUAGAGAGUGGGGGAAUUUAAGUCAAUCAUGGCUGAGCUACCUAGAAAAUCAAAGAUCUCCUCAUCUCGAAGGCUGGGGUUGAAGAUUAGACUGUUGGCAACCGCUGCUCAGAUGCUGCUGGAAGAGACGGAGCAGAAGAAGAAGGACAAAGAAGCUGCUCUGGCAGAAAGAGUUCCUCCUCUGAAUCUGUCUGGUCUGUCUUUGCAAGAACUUCAGGAUCUUUGCAGAGAUUUGCACCACAAAAUUGAUGUUGUAGAUGAGGAGUGGUAUGAUAUCGGUCUCAAGGUGUCCAAAAACGACAAGGAGAUUGAGAACAUGAACCUGAAGAUCAUUGAGAUUCAGAGUAAGUUCAAGAAGCCAGCUCUGAGGAGAGUGAAGAUCUCAGCUGAGGCUAUGCUGAGCGUUCUGCUGGGCUCCAAACACAAGGAGUCCAUCGACUUCAAGGCCAACCUCAAGACCGUCAAGAAGGAAGAGGAAAAGAAGGAGGAGGUGACUGACUGGCGUAAGAACGUUGAGGCCAUGUCUGGUAUGGAGGGCAGGAAGAAGCUGUUUGACGCCUCCGGCAACUAAAGAAACACUUACUAUUGUUAAGCAGAUCUUAAUAAACUCUUAACCUUACUUACUAUCUUAACUACCAUAUUAAUUUAUAAAUUACAGAUUGGACAAACACACUUAAAACUAGGACAGCGUUGCUUGUUAUAGCUUUAUUGAAAUCAUGAAAAAGUUUAUUUACAGAGGGACUGUAGGCAUCAGGUGGUCUUUAAUGGUUUGUUAAAUAGAAAAUUUGAGGUACACUGAUUUUGUGAUGAACUGCCAAGUUCGGACUGCAGACGAAUCAAAUUUGUUCCUCAAACCCGAUCUUUAAGACAGACUGUCCACACUGUUAUUUGCAAGUGAUCAGAUCGGACUCUUGAGUCCACAAGGGACGAACCUAUCUGCACGGGUUGCUGUGGUAACAACAUGGCAUCAGUAACUAUGCAGCUACGCUGAUGAUGUGGCUUUCCAGUGCAGAAGCAUGAGAAAUGUGACCUAACAGGAACAAUGACUGUUUUCAACAUGGAAAAAAAGAUAAAUAAUCACCAAAGACGUUCAGUGUAGGAUUUAUCAAUAUGGAUUUAUUUUACUGAGUCUCUUACAAGACACUGCAGUUCAAAGUUGGAUUACAAAGCUUCUGGAAGGGAUAGGAUCGCACUAGAGCCUUCGCUGGAACUGUAUGAAAGGAAAAAUUAGCUUCUGGGCAAAAUUAAGUCCCUCCAAAACGCAAGGUGCACUGCACUGCCUUAUUUUUAAAAAAUUGAAUGCCACUAGUGAAAAAAAAAAACACGCUUGCUGCGCCUUUUCAUUGUUGCCAGGCAACCAUGGACUCCCCUCCUUAUUCUAACCUUCCCAUUUUAAUUUAUUUUAGUUAUUUGACAGUUAUUAGUAGCUAGUUUCUAAAAUGAUGAGGCAGAGGGUGCUUGCUGUAGCUCUGGUUGAGGGAGAGAGACUGUCAGCACAGGGACGCAACUUUUGGGCACAGGGAUGUGGAGGGUACAUGAGACCCUAAAAAAGAGGGUGGAGUACCACCACUUGGUCCAGGAGCUUUGCCUCCAUGACGGCCGU